GCGGGUUGUACAUGGGACAUGUUUAAGGAGCUAGUCCGCGACAAGUACUACCCUUCCUACUAUCGGGCAGAGAUGGAGCGCCAGUUUUUAGCGCUUCAGCAGGGCACUCGUACUGUUGAUGAGUACGAGCGAGAGUUCACUAGACUUGCAGGUUUCGCACCAGAUCUUGUUCGCACGGAGGCUCAGAGAGCGCAGCG